ACACACACUCGUCAUUUAAACCCAAGCGGGAAAGCAGAAUGAACAUUGGGCUGUCGUGAAAUCUCCAGUGAAGGUCCACGUCCCGUUUGUAUUUUAUUGGUGAAAAUUAGGACAACAUGGUGAGGACGAAGGCAGACAGUGUCCCCGGAACUUACAGAAAAGCUGUGGCUGCAUCUGCACCCAGGAAGUCAUUGGGUGCCUCGAGUUCUGCUAAUGCAUUAAGCAGCUCUCAAGCAGGCACACCUGCAAAGAGUAAAUUUGCUGGUGGUAAUCCUGUGUGUCCUCGGCCCACCCCAACUUGGCAGAAGGGAAUUGGAGAUUUCUUUGGUGGGCCCAGCASGAAGCCUGACAAAGAGAACCACCUCCCCCAGUCAGAUGAUGAAGAGGCCGGAGUCAGUGGAGUGUCCAAGUCAUCCAGGAAUUCCAGACCACUGCCUGCUGAGGAUGCUGAGGGUGAAUGAGCUUAGCCAAUGGUGCCCCACUUGAAAAGCCAUUGCCUCUAAUACUUGAAUGGGUUGGGUAUAUCUUUGUAUAUAAUUAUUGAUUAAUUCAUGUUUUUGUACAGAUGUUUAAUAAACUUUUUUAUUAAGCUUGAUUCCAUAACGUUGUCACAACCUGGGUGAUAUUUGAUAGUCAACUCUUGUUUGAGGCCCACAUCAAGUGUGACCUUGGUCUUAAUUUAUAAUUCUACUGAACAUUGACGGGUUAUGACCUAUGCUAUCACAACCUGCAGCUGAGCGACUUAUCCACGCCUUUAUCUCAUCCUGUUUGGACUAUUGUAACGCCCUGUUGGCGCAUUUGCCAAAAUCCCAGUUCACACCUACCAAGGUAUCCACAACUCUGGACCCAAGUACCUGUCUGACCGCAUCCUACCCCACACAUGCCCUUUGCUCCUCCAGCUCCCUUCAACAGACUAAACUAUGGGUGACACGGCUUUCAGUUGUGUGGCUCCUCUGCUGUGGAGCGCACUGCCAGGCCUGCAGAGACUAUGGCCUCGUAUAAGGCACAACUACAGGCUGCUGUUCAGAAAAGUAUAAGGAUGUGUUAAUUCUGUUCUGUCAAUUGGCUCUGACACCUGUAUAUAACCUUGAUGUCUGCAUACUAUGUUCUGUGUUGGAUUGUUUUAAUUUUCUUUGGUGCCUUGGGUGAGAAAAGCACUUACAUUAAAUUAUUAUUCUAUU